AUGAAGAGUAUUGUUGCAACAGCACCUAGGCCUGGACUGCCCUCUCCCGAGUUAGGAUCGAUGCCGACCCUCGAGCUGUGUCUCAUGCAUCAAUAUGUCACCGAGACGGCUGGCACGAUGAAUUGUGCUCAGAUCCCACUGGUUCGCGAUAUGUGGAAUUUGUCUGUCCCCCAAAUGGCCUUCGAAUAUAAACCACUCCUGCACACAUUGCUCGCUGUUGCCGCCGUUCACCGUGCUACUCUGCUUCCUAAUGAUGCGAACCACCUGCGGCGGGUCUAUUAUAGCCACAUCGACUCUGCUCUCCAGCAACACCGGGCCGCAAUCAACGACCUCAAUGGCUCCGUCAACGAACCGAUGUGCAUGAACGCCAUAUUGAUCUCAUUCUACACGCUGACCCUACGGUCAGAGGCGUCCACAGAUCCAUAUGAAUUACCACUGCUAUGGCUAUCUCUUGCACAUGGCAUAAGAACAGUGCUACAUACCGUCUAUCGUCGGCUCACCCGCAUCCACCACUUAGUUAUGACUCCGCCGGUGAUAGAUGAAUUCACACACGAGUAUAUUACCUGUACGCCAUUCCAGUUUCUUCUCCAUUACCAUUAUGAUAAGGAGCAAAUGGAUGGAUCAUUAAUAAAAGCGUACUAUGACGCUGUCGUGUAUCUGGAGACCAUGUUCAUGUCCGCGAGGCGCGGCGCAUCUGACUUCGAGAUCCGCAAGCAAUUUACUGCCUUCCCACCCAUGAUGCCAAGGUGCUUUCUUCAGCUAAUUGCGGAGAAGCAACCACGCGCCCUUGUUAUUCUGGCCUAUUUGUUCGCGUUAGUGAAAAAUGCUGACAAUGUUUGGUGGCUGCGCGGUAUCCCUGAGCGAGAAGUGUAUGGCAUUCACAGUAUCGUCCCUCAAGAAUGGAAGUGGACCUUGGACUGGCCAUUGCACGUCAUUUCGGCCAGAUCAGGGGCAAAAGCAGAGGAUCUACCUGUGCCCAUGGUUGGCCCUGGGCCGUCUUUGACAUUAACAUUUCCCUGGAGCUAG